CCGGGCUGCAUACCCAUCGAAAGGAAUGCUCUUCUUGCCUUUAAAGAAGGCCUCAAAGAUCCCUCCAACAGGCUAUCUUCUUGGGUGGGUGACGACUGCUGCACAUGGGAAGGCGUGGCUUGUGAUAAUCGGACUCGCCAUGUCAUCAAGCUAGACCUCCGCAACACACACCCGUUGUCGUAUGCUGACGAUCCUCCAUACAACACGUGGUCCUUGGGAGGUGAGUUGAGGCCUUCCUUACUUGGUCUGAAAUACCUGAAUUAUCUUGAUCUGAGCAUGAACAACUUUGGAGGAAUUCGUAUCCCAGAAUUCAUGGGCUUAUUCCGUCAGCUCAAAUAUCUUAACCUCUCCUGUGCUAAUUUGGGCGGACUGGUCCCACACCAGCUUGGGAAUCUAUCAAGUCUCCAAUAUCUCGAUCUCAGUUAUAAUUAUUAUUAUCAUUUUUAUGGCGAUAUUGUAGAAAUAGAUGGAUUUCUCAUCAUUGAUAAUGCCAUCUGGAUUUCUCGGCUUUCUUCUCUGCGAUAUCUCAAUAUGACGGUUGUGAAAUUCAAAGAAGGUGUUCACUGGCUGCAAGCACUAAACAUGCUCCCUUCUGUUAUUGAGAUACACUUAUCUGAUUGUGGCAUCAACACCACUUCGGUCUCUCUUCCACAUGUGAAUUUUACUUCACUUUCUGUUCUUGAUCUUUCUUGGAAUUCUAUUAAUUCAACGAUACCUGGUUGGUUGUUCAACAUUAGUAGCCUCGAGUACCUUGAUCUCAGCUUUAAUAUUCUUUGGGGCAUCAUUCCAUCUGCAAUUAAGAAUCUAGCUUCACUCAAGGUCUUUGAUCUAUCUGAUAAUCAGUUUCUUGAAGACAAAAUUCCAGUUGAACUUGGGGAGUUAUGUAAGCUACAGUAUUUGGGAUUGUCAGACAUUAAUAUCAGCAAAAGUUUGCAUGAACUUGAUAAAGCGUUUACUGGAUGCAUCAAAAAUAGUUUAGAAACUCUGUACAUGUGGAACACCCAGCUUGACGGUUAUUUGCCGGACUGGUUGGGAGACUUCAGAAAGCUCAAAUAUCUCGAUUUAAGUGGCAACUCAAUUUCUGGUCCUGUUUCUGCAUCACUUGGAAGACUUACAAAGUUAGUUGGGUUAUUCCUCGAAGGGAACUUUUUGGAGGGUGUCAUGUCUGAAGAGCAGUUUGCCAAUUUCACCAAACUAAAAUAUCUAGAUUUAUCACAAAAUCAAUUAAUUCUGAAUCUGACGUCUGAUUGGAUUCCCCCUUUUCAGCUUCAAGAAUUAGUUAUUGGUUCUUGCAAGCUGGGACCACGAUUUCCAGCAUGGCUUCGGAUGCAAAAAAAUAUUGCCGAUCUAGGGAUGUCUAGCACAGGAAUUUCAGACGCUAUACCAGAUUGGUUUUGGAGGUCAUUUUCCCAGAUACGGUACUUAGAUAUCUCGGCAGUGUACCUGACCUUACAGACUUCAUCAAUCUUGGGUAUUUUAAUUUGAGUUCUAACCACUUUAAGGGACCUUUGCCAAAUUUUAAUUUUUCUGUAUUGUGGCUACUGGACCUAUCGAACAAUUCACUUUCAGGAGCGGUUCAUCUUGACAUUGGCAAAAGUAUGCCUA